CGAAAGACUCCUAACUUUUCUUACCUAUCCAUAAUAUUUUGUUGGCGUUCUUCGUCAAAUUGGGUCUUUAUUAUUUUGUCAGAAACCGAAGUUCAGGAUGCCGUCUGCAGAGAAAAAGCCUCAGACUCUCUAUGACAAGGUCUUCCGAGAUCACAUUGUCAAUGAGGCCGAGGAUGGAACUAUUUUGCUUUACAUUGAUCGUCAUCUCGUUCAUGAAGUUACAUCUCCACAAGCGUUUGAAGGUCUUCGGAAUGCUCAACGACCAGUUCGACGACCAGACUGCACUUUAGUCACAACAGAUCAUAAUGUGCCUACAAGCUCUCGCAAAGCAUUCAAAGAUGUUGGGACCUUUGUGCAAGAAGCCGACUCAAGGACACAAUGUCUGACCUUGGAGGAUAACGUCAAAGAGUUUGGUCUUACAUAUUUUGGUUUGGGAGACAAACGUCAGGGUAUCGUGCAUAUCAUUGGACCUGAACAGGGUUUCACUCUCCCAGGCACCACAGUUGUUUGCGGCGACAGCCACACAUCCACCCAUGGUGCAUUCGGUGCCCUUGCCUUUGGUAUUGGAACCAGUGAAGUGGAACACGUCCUCGCUACGCAAACCCUGAUUACAAAGCGCAGCAAGAACAUGCGGAUACAGGUGGAUGGCGAGCUGGCUCCAGGUGUUAGCAGCAAGGACAUCAUUCUUCACGCUAUUGGUGUGAUCGGUACCGCCGGCGGCACCGGAGCUGUUAUCGAGUUUUGCGGCUCUGCCAUUCGCGGUCUGAGCAUGGAGGCUCGCAUGUCCAUCUGCAACAUGUCAAUUGAAGCUGGUGCUCGCGCUGGCAUGAUCGCUCCUGACCAGAUCACCUUUGACUAUCUCCAAGGCCGACCUUUAGCGCCAAAAUAUGAUAGUCCCGAGUGGAAGAAGGCCGUCAAAUACUGGUCCAGCCUCAAGUCUGAUGAGGGAGCAGCCUACGAUGUCGACGUUUUCAUCGACGCAAAGGAUAUCGCACCGACCGUUACUUGGGGUACUUCUCCUCAGGAUGUGGUCCCUAUCACAGGUGUGGUACCUGGGCCUGACGAUUUCUCCGACGAAUCGAAAAAGCUUAGUUGCAAGAGAGCCCUCGAAUACAUGGGUUUGACGGCUGGCACACCGAUGCAGGACAUAGUUCUGGAUAAGGUCUUUAUUGGUUCGUGCACAAAUGCACGAAUUGAGGAUCUCCGGGCUGCUGCCCAGGUGGUGGAAGGCAGGAAGAUCGCGGCCCACAUCAAGCGUGCCAUGGUUGUUCCUGGUUCAGGUCUUGUGAAGACCCAAGCCGAGGCUGAGGGGUUGGACAAGAUCUUUGAAGACGCCGGUUUCGAAUGGAGAGAAGCCGGCUGCUCGAUGUGCCUUGGCAUGAAUCCCGAUAUCCUAUCUCCACAAGAACGCUGCGCUAGCACAUCUAAUCGGAAUUUUGAGGGUCGUCAAGGUGCUGGUGGCCGUACUCACCUCGUUUCUCCAGUUAUGGCGGCAGCUGCAGCUAUCGUUGGCAAACUUACUGAUGUCAGGAAGUUGACUAGCCAAAACCCAACUCCUGCUAAAGGCUCCCCUAGGAUUGAUAUUGCUCCAGAAGAAGAGGACCUGGAAACUGAUGCGGAUCUGGAUCGCAUCCUUGACAUGCCCGAAGACGAGGAAACUGGGAAACAUGGGCCGUCGAUUUCAUCUGCGGGCCUGCCAAAGUUCACGACCCUAAAAGGUAUUGCGGCACCUAUGGAUCGUUCAAACGUGGACACCGACGCGAUCAUUCCCAAGCAGUUUUUGAAAACGAUUAAGCGGACUGGACUGGGCUCUGCCUUGUUCAAUGAACUCCGUUACAAUCCUGACGGUUCAGAAAAGUCUGAUUUUGUCCUGAACAAGGAACCCUACCGCCAGAGUAAAAUUCUCGUCGUCACUGGCCCUAACUUUGGUUGUGGAAGCUCAAGAGAACACGCACCGUGGGCCCUUCUCGACUUCGGUAUCAAAUGCAUAAUUGCACCAAGCUAUGCAGACAUUUUCUUCAAUAACACUUUCAAGAAUGGAAUGCUCCCAAUCAUCAUUUCUGAUCAAUCGAUUUUGAAGAAGAUUGCUGCCGAAGCUGAAGCUGGCAAGGAACUGGAGAUUGACCUUCCUAACCAGCGCAUCAACGAUGCUCAGGGCAACAAGCUCACCGACUUUGAUGUGGAGGAGUUCCGCAAGCAUUGCUUGGUUAACGGCCUUGACGACAUUGGCUUGACCAUGCAACAUGAAAGCAAGAUUCGCCAAUUUGAGCGCCAGCGGACUAUUGAGACUCCAUGGCUCGAUGGUACCGGAUACCUUCGUCGCAAGGGUCCGGUCAGAGUUGAAGCUGUGCCUGUCCCAAAGACGAACCGGGGCGAGGUGAAGAACGAGCCCCUUGAGUGGUAAAGCGUGGAACCACCCAAGGAAUAUUCUAUGCAUCGAUGGGGUUUGCAGGUUGGGCUUUUCCGUUCUGGAAUAUUUGAUUCAAACAGGGAAAUUUUUUUUUCUUUAAUUUCAGGUUAUGCAGGGAUCUGACGUCUGUGGUUUUACUUCCCGGCGAUUGCGAAUUACUGGUGGAUUCUUAUGAGACUUCCUUUUACACUUGCCUUAGCAAUAAUAAUUUCAAGCACGGAGAUUUGUCAGCCAGAG